AAGUACGUAUUCUUACCAUUAAAAUAACUAUCACACUAUAUAAUAUUGACAACAAAAUCACUAACCAGAUCACAACAAUUUUUCUCAUCAUUUUGUAAUAUAGUAAUCAUCAAUUCAAAGGAUAAGAACUACUCCCAGUUAAAAUUUACAGGCGUCCCAAGAAUAAAUACCUAAGACAUAAUCGUUUUGGUUAUUAAUUCCUUUGCUCAUAAUACUUAGUUAGGCAACCAUGGCAGUGAGGAAAGUCCACGCAAACAAUAACUCAGAACCUGCAAUGAGAGUUAUGGCUUGUCUCAAUGAGAAAGAGUUGGCCUUUCAGUUUGUUUCUGUUGACAUGAAAGUUGGUGAACAUAAAAGACAACCUUUUCUUUCUCUCAAUCCAUUUGGUCAGGUCCCAGCUUUUGAGGAUGGAGAUCUAACGCUCUUCGAAUCAAGGGCAAUUACUCAAUACAUAGCUACCGAGUAUGCUAACCAGGGAACAGAGUUAUUGUAUUCAGACUCAAAGAAGAAGGCAAUCUUAUUAGUAUGGCUGGAAAUAGAGAGUCAUCAGUUUGAUCCAGCAGCAGCAAAAUUGACAUGGGAGAUAGUCUUAAAGCCAAUGCUUGGCAUGGGUACUACAGAUUUUGCAGUGGUGGAGGAAAAUGAAUCUAAGUUGGCAAAUGUUUUAGAUGUCUACGAAAAUCGCCUGGCUAAGUCAAAAUACUUGGCCGGGGACAGCUUCACCUUGGCAGAUCUUCACCACCUUCCUCACAUACAGUACCUGAUGGAGACACGUUCCUGGAAGCUGUUCGAAUCCCGGUCCCAUGUUCAUGCUUGGGCAGCUGAUAUUACAGCAAGGCCAGCUUGGUCUAAGGUCCUAAUUGCCUUGAAAACUGAAGUUUAAGUAGAUGAAAAUACUUAAGAGCUUUGAUGUUUUUGUACUCAAUAAGUUACUGCUUCAAUAAUAUUAUCCCAGAAGCAAAUAUUAACAAUAUGAAUAGUGUAAUCUAAAUUAGAAAUUAAACACACACAACAUUUCUGCAUCACCAUGCAAUAUCUAUAUCAAAAACAACUAUAUCA